AUGGAGAAAGAGAACAACACUUUAGUAACAGAAUUCAUCCUCCUUGGUCUCACCCAGUCUCAAGAUAUUCAGCUCCUGGUCUUUGUGCUUGUUUCAGUUUUCUACCUCAUCAUCCUCCCGGGAAACUUGCUCAUCAUCCUUACCAUCAGGUUAGAUCCUGGCCUCUCGGCCCCCCUGUACUUUUUCCUGGGCAACUUGGCUUUCCUAGAUGCAUCUUACUCCUUUAUUGUGGCCCCCAGGAUGUUGGUGGACUUCCUCUCUGAGAAGAAAGUAAUCUCCUACAGAGGCUGCAUCACUCAGCUAUUUUUCUUGCACUUCCUUGGUGCAGGAGAAAUGUUCCUUCUUGUUGUGAUGGCUUUUGACCGCUACAUUGCCAUUUGCAGGCCUUUAUACUAUUCAACUAUCAUGAACCCUAGAAUAUGCUAUGUCUUACUGUUUGCAUUGUGGCUUGGGGGGUUUGCUCAUUCUAUUGUACAAGUGGCCCUUAUUCUCCAUUUGCCAUUCUGUGGUCCAAACCAAUUGGAUAACUUCUUCUGUGAUGUGCCUCAGGUCAUCAAGCUAGCCUGCACAGACACUUUUGUGGUGGAGCUCCUGAUGGUCUCCAAUAGUGGUCUUCUCACCCUUUUGUGCUUUCUGGGGCUUCUGACUUCUUAUGCAGUCAUCCUCUUCCGUGUACGUGGGUCUUCCUCUGAAGGGAAGAACAAGGCUCUCUCCACAUGCACUACUCAUAUCAUCAUUGUAUUUCUCAUGUUUGGCCCUGCCAUCUUCAUCUACACACGCCCUUUCAGAAGCUUCCCAGCUGACAAAGUAGUUGCUCUGUUCCACACAGUGAUCUUUCCUUUGAUGAACCCUGUGAUCUAUACCCUUCGCAAUCAGGAAGUGAAAGCUUCCAUGAAGAGAUUGUUAAAUAGACACAUGGUUUGCUGA